AUGGCCUCCCUUUCCUUGGGCGAACCUCGCCGUCGGGGCGGGGCAAACAACAGCAGCAACAGCAGCAAUGCAGCUUCAGCUUCCACUUCCAGCUCAACGCAGCCCGGCACUCGAUCCAGCUUGUUCGCAGACGAGUCUAUUCGCUCCACCGAUUCGGACGCUUUGAUCUCGCGCCUUUCAGCUUUGCAGGCAGGUUAUCUUCCUGCUGAGAGGAAGGGCUCAUCCGAAAGGAGCUCCUUUUCGCACUACCUGUUGCCUAUGGGCACACCUCUGCCUCUUCCCAAGAGACCUCCCAUCAUCAAUAUCGGCACCGCGCUCAGGUGCCUCACCAUCGAUCAGCAUGUAGAGCGCUUCUUGCUGAAGGGCGAUCAAAUGAAGCAAAUCAUCAGUCUGGGUGCAGGUAGCGAUGCUCGUUAUUUCCGCAUACUUGUGAGUCCAAAAACCCUGUACACCAUCACGUCGUAGCAAGACGCGUUGCAUGUCUCACGCUCCUUGCUCUUCAGGCCGACGAAGCUCUUUCAGCACGCCUGGCGCACUACGUCGAGCUAGACUUUUCACAAUUGACACGCGCAAAGGUAGAGCGAAUCGCAAGGGCAGACCCCCUGCGCAAAAGCCUGCAAGGUAUGCGAGUGGGUGAGUGCAGCGAAGCAGCGGUGCCACUUCAUGUCGAUACGCCCAAGCCUAAGAUCGGCUUUGUCAUCGCCAAGCAGAGGCCAAUGGAACAGCGCUUCGUAGUGCUUCGUAUGCCAUUCUGCCCGGCGACCUGAGAGAGCUGGCUGAUCCUAGCAAGUCGGCAGCACUUCAACACACCCUCUGGUCCAUCCUCCACCCCUCUCUUCCCACUCUCAUCCUGGCGGAAUGCGUUCUCAGCUAUCUCCCAGCGCAAGACAGCACGUCGCUCUUGACCUUCCUCUCCCGUCGCUUCAGCAACAUCUCAGCACUGUCUUACGACAUGUGCAUCUCCGGCUCGGAUCGGCUUGGAGAAGCACCGAAACCCAGCAAGUUUGGCUCCGUCAUGCUUUCCAAUCUAGCAGCAAGGGGCCUGACUCUCGAGGGUGCCAAGGAAUGCACCACGCCUCUAGCUUAUGCAGAGAAAUUUGCGUUAGCUUUCGGAGCAGACGCAGCCACGUCAGAGGAUAGCAAAGUCGUAGACUCGGGUUGCACGAAUCUCAGGCAGGUUUGGGCAGAAAUGAAUGCCGAAGAAAGGUCGAGGUGAGUGGACCACUCACUUGGUCUGCGGCGUCGCAGCCUCGAUAGAUCCGCGCUCGCGAGUCUUGGCAAGGCUGACGCAGGCAAGUGCUUGCCCCACAGAUGGUCCCGGCUCGAAGGCCUGGAUGAGGUGGAAGAGCUGGAGAUCCUGCUCGAGCACUAUGGCGUCAGCUGGGCAACUCGAGAGAGGGGGGCGGACCCUUUGGAGACCGACGAAGGGCAGCCAGUAAGCUGA